UCGGCUCUUCCCGUGGCUAAGUGCCUGACUCGAAGGGAGGAGGAAAACCCUAAGGGAAAGGUGGUAGACUUCUAUGACAGAAAUAUUCAAAACCACCAAAUACUGAGGCGAAGAAAAGACACUGGGCUGUUUUCCCGUGCGUAAUUCGAGUUUUUUCCCGUGGUAAUUUGGUGCGUCUUGGAGAAAUAGUGCCAUAAAAAAACGUCUCCUCCCAGUUUGUUGUCGGAUACAGUUGAUUCUUCAGUGGACUUGUUCGGGGUACACGGGCAGAGGCGCGUGGACAUUGGCACGGACAGAGGAUGUCUUCAAAGGCCCACAACAACCUGCUCCAAACCAAGAAGAUGGUGCACCAGCUCAGGAUAGAAGCUAGCAUCGAGAGGAUAAAGGUGUCCAAAGCAUCAGCAGACCUCAUGCACUACUGCACCGAACACGCCCGGCACGACCCACUCCUCAUGGGCAUCCCUGCCUCAGACAACCCCUUCAAGGACAAAAAGCCAUGCACCAUAUUGUAACGCACGCCCCUUUAGCAUUUUAAGUUUUAUUUUUCAUUUUUGCUUAUUAAUAAUGUUGCGGUAUUCUUUUCAUCGGCAAGGUGAGGGGUGGGCUUGGAUUUUGACCAUGCAUUCCAAUGGUAUAGCUAUUAAAUAUUGAAGCAGGUAUAGGGUAGUUAGCCAUAGGUUGCAUUUUAAAAUUUUAAUGUGGUGGAAAAUGACAGAAAACGUGAGCAAAAUUGGAAUUUUUAAAGAAAUAUCAAAAUAGAAAAUUCCAAAAAAUGUAGAGACUUGGGUCCACAAAUAUCUUAAAGUUCCGAAUAACAUCACAACUUUCUACGUUAUUCAAUGUUUUUAUGUUAAAAUUUGGACUCUUUAAUGAAUAAAUAACAUAUAAACACAACCGAUGAGCUUCACUCAUUACCAAUAAAAAAAUAAAAAAUAAAAUUCAACUUUGACCACUAAACUGUGUGAUAAUAUAAACCUAAAGAAUACAUUUUUUUCCUAACAUUGUAUUAUGUGGGGCUGUUAGCUUCAAGAAAAUUAGCGCUGUCAGUUCAGCACUAAGCUAAUUUUAUAACCAUGCUAAGAUAAAUGAUAAAAUCAAGCCUAUUCUGACAUAUCUCGCUUACAUAAAUAAAAACAGGCCUAUUAAUAGUGAAACUUUAUAAUAGUCACAUUGCAUAUUUUGCCAUAGUCACCACAUUCUCUACUCUCAAUCUUCAGACAGUUUUGGUAUUAAAACUUUUUGCCAAUAAGUUUUAUAUUUUUCUGAUAAAGAUCUCAAGUGUUUUAAACUAUAACAUGUAAUUUUAAAACUAUGGUACUAGAAAACCAAAUGUACGGUUUCAUUUGUGAUUUUUUGCAAAGUUCUUCUGACAUAUUUGAAUAAAAGUUCAGUGUUAUUCAAAAUAAAAUCCCCCCAGAAUUAGCAUGAAAUUGUACGAGUACAUUUUACAGAAUUUUUUUUCCAUUACAUACAGUAAUUUGUAUGAGUAUCUGCAAAUAUACAACAUUUUAGAUUUUUUUUUUUUAUUGAAAUAUGAAAUCUAUAUAGGAAUUUACUCUGUUUGCGCAAACGUAUUCAUAAUUAUUUCUGCAAAGUAAUUAUUCUACGAUUAGUGGGAUUUAUUUGUGCUUUUCCAUGAAUGUUAAACUGGAAUAUUUCUAAGGAAUUGUAUUAAAGAGGUUUAUUGAAAUUCCUUUGCUACCUAUUUGUACAGGCCAAGUUAAUUAGCUCACAGCAAUGAAUGCACAAAACAGAAUUUAAAGUCACAGUAUGUAACUUUGUAGGCAAAAAUUAGAAUAAAAUGAAAGCUGCUUAUUUUAUCUGGGUGUUUAUUGCACUAAAAACAUGUGCUGACUGUAUACAUGCUUGCAUCUCCACAAACCUGACUCUUACUUUCCCAGGAGGAGGGCUAUAAUCUUCCCUAGUACGGCAUAACAUAUCUAUCUGCUGCAUGGAGAAUGUUCCAAAAUAUGGUUUGAACUUUCUGUUUCCAUGGAAUCAUGCAGGUGAUAUACCGCAUACAUAAAGUUACAUACUGUAGCUUUAACCAGGAUUUGGUUUCUAUUGACUUUUAUUUAAACGUUGCAGUAUACAUAACCCAAUUAUUCACAGUUUCAGUGUUGCAAUUGAGAAUAUUUUUACAAUACAAUCAAUAAUCUUUAUAUUGAUUGUAAGUAUUAUCCACAAAGCCAAUACUAGAAUCACGUGUUUAUAUAGAGUUUAUGACAGCACUGUGACAAAUGGGACCAAACCUGACCAAUGAACUGCCUUCAGAUCAUCUCAGCUCUUUCCGCCAUCUUUCUAUGGUACAAACUGGAGUGUCUUAUACAAACUUGGACUUUGCAUGUUUAAGUUUAGUCAGUGCUGGUUCAAAUGCCAAUGAACUGUUGCUUCUGUUUCUUGUGAAUUGUCUAUCUACAUAUGAUGGUGGGUGGGGUCUACCAUUGACAGUAACUAGGGGUGGGUUCAGAUAGCAGGGUUAUGUGGAACAGGGUGUAUGUAUACUACAGUAGAAUCAAAUUUGUCAUAUCUUGUAGAACUGCUUGCUAACAGGCCCACAGAAAUUUGGGGGCCUGGGGCAAGAAGCGUCACAUGGGCCCCCCUUCUAAUAUAAAUGAAUUAUGCGUGCUAAUACUGAAUACUGUUUACUGUAUGUUUUACAUUGGUAUGGUAAAAAUGUUUGAUUAUAAUAGGGCUGCAACAAGUUAAUCGAUUCAUUCCAGCUUAUUGAUAAAGACUAUUUUGUUAGUCGAAUAAUCGUUAUUGGUUUAUACAUAGGCUCCAAAACAUGCCAUGAGCUGAGAGAAGAGGUUUUAUGACUCAGACAGAUCAGGAAUUACUUGCAAAUGACAAAAUCAUUCCAGUUUAUUACUUAAGACAUGCUAGCUGUGAGUAGGCUAAUGCAGUAGCCUUCUUUUAGCUUUGAUUUUCAUAUACAAUUCUAAAUCAUAUAUUUACAGAUACAGUAGUAGGAUAUAAAAAUAACACACUACUUAAAAGUAAAAUUCUACAACAUUCCAAAAAUAUUGUAGUUUUUCCCACUCUUUUUUACUGUCAAUAUCUAUCUUGAUUUUUGCUGGGGUCCGCAUUGCUAACUAGUACACUCUAAAGCCUUACUUGACUACCUUGUUGUACUAUGAAGUAUUUAGAUAUGGGAGAUUCUUUCUGAUGUAAACAUGUGUUGUAUGUCAUCUGUUUGUUUGUAUUAUGGGAUGUGAUUUGUAACAAUACCAACGUGCCAUGUUUUAGUCUCAUGUUAGUGGUACUUGACUCUUAUGGUACACCACUUCUGCAAAUGUUUAUGUUUUAGGAUCACUGACAGUUUCAUGUUUUUAAUUGCAAUAAAGCAGAAUAUGCGUAUAUA